UCGGAAAAUUUUGUCGAAUCGAAUAAACACGAUCGUCCACAAUAUGGGAGACGUGUAAAAAUCUCCUGGUCUACUCCCCAUUUGUGCCGUGGGUUUGCGAGAAAAUACGCGAUAAUUUCUUUAGGAAAGCGCAGGCUAAAAAAUGGGUGACGGUCCCCCCGCGAAGUCCGGGGGUUCCCAAAUGGAGCCCACCAUGAAAGGGUGGCUCUUUAAAUGGACAAAUUACCUAAAAGGGUACCAGAGGAGGUGGUUCGUGUUGCAGAAUGGACAUUUAUCCUAUUACAGGGCUGAAAACCACGGAAUCGCCCCCACCCUGUCCAUCAGACGUCGCAGAAAGUUCAAAGGGGGAUUGUGUCGCAAGAGAAACCAAGCAGAGAUGGCCCAUACGUGUAGAGGUAGCAUAUCCCUCCACGGAGCUCUGAUCUACACGGUAGAUCCGUGCACUUUUGUCAUUUCCAAUGGAGGUACACAGACGUUUCACAUUAAGGCCUCCUCAGAAGUAGAGAGGCAAUCCUGGGUCACUGCCUUGGAGUUAGCGAAAGCUAAAGCAAUAAGAACCAUGGAAUCUGAGGAGGACGAGGUGGAAGCUGAAGAGUCUGGAGUGUCAGAUGAACCGGACGUUUUAAGAAAACUAGAGAGUUCUUUAAAGGAACUAGAGGUGUGUGGCGAUUUACUAGGAAAACAUUGGAAGAAUUUAGCGAAACCUUUAAGCGAAAUUGAAUCUUCACCUGAUCCGGAACUGUUGAAUAGCAAGUCUAAAGAGGUGUGCGAGCGAGCCACUCUUUUUAGAAUCGCUUGCAACGCUAUGAUAAACUCUUGCGGUGAGUACCAAAAAACCGCUCAGACGCACGGACACAAGCUGAUUAAGUUGCUACAACACGAAAGGGAACAGAGACAGCGGCUGCAAGAGAUGGUGGAAACGUUGGCGGAGCAACAUUCGAAGUUGGAGAGGGCGGCGAACGCACACGCUCACAGGGCAGUAAGCGCCAGCGAACCGGAGGAGGAAGACGAGAACGAGUUCUUCGACGCCGUAGCCGACGGAGGUGGACAAAACCAAAACUCGGACAAUAAUGAACAUUUUACUUUAGACAUACGGACAAGGACCGAAGUGAGGAGGAACAGUUCGGAUAGUUCGAGUGAGGGCGAAGAGACCGAGGAGACUAAACAAGUAGUUGUAGUGACAGGAGGGAAGCAUCUGAAUAAUUCAUCGAAGAGUGAUGAAAUUAAUAGUGGGGACAAUACCGACACAACAGUGGCUACUAGGAACCAAGUUGCUAAAGCCGGCAGGCGUAAACGUAGAACGAGAAUCCCCGAUAAGCCCAACUACCCGCUAAACCUCUGGUCCAUAAUGAAAAACUGCAUCGGCAAAGAUUUGUCCAAGAUCCCGAUGCCGGUGAACUUCAACGAACCGCUUAGCAUGUUACAGCGACUGACCGAAGACUACGAGUACGCGGAGAUCUUAGACAAAGCCGCCAAUUGUUCGGAUCCUUGCGAACAGUUGGCUUACGUGGCUGCCUACACUAUUUCAUCCUAUUCCACUACCGCCACACGGACUGGGAAACCUUUUAAUCCUCUCUUGGGGGAGACGUACGAGUGUGAUCGUUCUGAUGAUUUAGGUUGGAAAUGUUUUAGCGAACAAGUUUCCCAUCAUCCCCCGAUAGUGGCCCAAUAUUGCGAGGGUAGCGAGUGGCAUUGCUGGCAAGAGUUCACCAUGACGUCGAAGUUUAGAGGAAAAUAUUUACAAAUUAUACCGUUAGGAAGUGCCCAAGUAGAAUUUUUAAAGAGCGGCAACAAGUAUUCUUGGAGGAAAGUGACUACGACGGUGCAUAAUAUUAUUGUGGGGAAAUUGUGGGUGGAUCAGCAUGGUGACAUGGAAAUCGUGGGAAAGGGCAAAGCCAAGGGCAUAGUGUGUCAAUUAAAGUACAUCCCCUACUCCUAUUUUACCAGGGACUCGCAACGAAGGGUGAAAGGAGUGGUCAUGAACAACGGAAACGUACAGUGGGUUAUCAGUGGCACUUGGGACAAUCAAGUGGAAAUCGCGCCGGUUACAGGAAACACCGGGACGGCCUCGAAUCCCGUUUAUCAAACCGGGACUCCGAUCGUCGCGUGGAAAUGUCGCCCCGCCCCGGAAGAUUCGGAUAAAUUUUAUAAUUUCACAUUGUUGGCGGCUCAAUUGAACGAGAUUGAGGAGGGCGUCGCGCCUACGGAUUCCCGCUUAAGACCCGAUCAAAGGUUAAUGGAAGAAGGCAAAUGGGAGGAGGCGAACAAAGAAAAACUCCGGAUCGAAGAGAAACAGAGAGCGGUCAGGCGACAAAGGGAGGCCGAGGCGGAAAAAGCCGCUGCCGAAGGACGGCCGUUUACCCCGUACAAACCGCUCUGGUUCGAACAGAAAACGUUAGAGGGCAGCGACGUCAUCACCCACGUAUACAAGGGCACUUAUUGGAAGUGUAAAGAGGUCGGCGAUUGGUCCGUUUGUCCCGAUAUAUUUUAGGAGAGAAAAGAAAACUUGUUUAUAUUAUUAUAUUUAACAAAAAAAAAUAUAUAUACAUAUUGUAAAGCGUAAUUUUUAGGUCGUGAUUAGGCGUCGUCUGUUUUAACUUUCGGGGUGAAACAAACUUUAUUCUAACGACGCGUUUAUCGGACAGUUUUUUUUUUUUUUUAAUUAAUUGAUUGAGUGGGUUUGUUUCACUCCCCCUCCGAAGGAAUAGCCAGGAAUAUUUUUAUUUUAAUCGGGUUUACAGUAGUUUCCGUUUACAAAUAACAAUCAAUAAAAGAAAUAAUGGAAUUUGUUAUAUUAUUGUGCAUAUUAAAACUUUUAAAGGAUUUGAA